GACUACAGACUGAUGCAACUUUCCGAAGUCUCUCUGCAAUUUCCAGCUAUAGAAAUCACAAUAAUAAAAUAGUUAAGUUUCUGAAGGCUUAGUCCACCUUCCCCGCCAUUGUUGACGAGCUCAACCACGACCUCGUCAUCCCCGCCGACUGCUCAUUCUCAGCCGUACGCUUUCCCAUCUUCAACGGCUCCUGAUCGAAGCCCGACUGAUCAAAGUUUUACAAGCUAAUGGCUUCUAAGGAAAUUGAAAGCCAAAGGGAGGGCGCUGAGAUCUUCCAUGGCGAUGAAAUUUGCAAGAGCAAGUCGAUAGAAUUGCUCGAAGAGCUCUGCCUUCCAAAGGGUCUGUUUCCCUUGGAAGACAUUGAGGAAUUCGGCUAUAAUCGUACUUCUGGCUUUAUAUGGCUGAUUCAGAAGAAGAAGAAGGAACAUGUGUUCAAGCAGAUCAAGAGAGCCGUCUCUUACGCUCAGGAGGUGACUGCCUUUGUUGAGAAAUAUAAGUUGAAGAAGAUGACCGGCGUUAAGACAAAGGAGCUCUUGCUAUGGCUCUCUGUUGUGGAAGUCUAUUUCGAGAAUCCAACUUCUGAGAAACUCACCUUCAAAACUGGCACAGGACUCUCUGAUAGUUUUAUCGCCACUGCUUUUGAGCUGUAGAACUAUCUCUAUAAGAGAAAACGGUCAUUACUGCAUAACAUUGCGUUAUGAGUUAUCACAUUACAUAAUCUUAAAUCGUUUUUCUUUUUUUGUUUUUCAUGUGCGCGCUGCUUUGUAUCAAGUUUAUAUGAUUGCUUCUUAAUGAAAUUUUAUUUUGCCUGCUAAUCUUUCAUAGAA